AUGCAAGCGCUUCAUGGCUUCACGCAUUCCGCAGCAGCAGAACCGGGGAGCAUGGCGAUGGAGGAGGAGGAAGUCGAAGAAAUGAUAGGUGAAAACGAAUCUUUGAUCAGAAUCAAGGCCUUCAUCUUCGCGCAUGUUAUUUGUGUAUUGGCAUCUUUCUUCCUACUCUUUAGUGAGAUUGGAUUCGGGGCAUCAGUCUUCAAAGGGCUGAUCGGAGGGUAUGCGUACAGCACUGCAGCUGCUGCAGUUGGCUUUGCCGUGUUCGUGGUAAUGUACGUCUUUGACUUGAACAGCUCAAGUAACGCGGAAAGAUCAAAAUGCUGCGAUCAGCAUGCUUUCCUUGCGGUCAAGAACCUGCUCAUGAUGAUUGUGCUCGCGUCCGUGCUCAUCAGCGCAGUCCUGUCGUUCAAGACCCAACCUCAAGCCCCGUUGCUCACAUACGUUGUCGUUGGAUCAUUGUACUUUACCCUCAUUCGUCUGCGAUUCUUUGGAUCCAUGGAUGUCAUCCUGUUCUUGAACAUCCUCUCGAGCAUGCUUGUGGCAGCAGGCGUCAUCGGCAUUGCCGUCUCUCUCAUCUGGUCGGGGAUCAACAACUUCUGGUGGGGAAGGGAGACCCAGUUGACGUUCCGGGCAAGGUUGCGAGUCUGUGUGAAGGAGCAGAGGAGUCAGUACUGCUCUGACUACGGCUUCACCGGGUAUCAGUGUCAAGCUGGUUGUACCGAGGAUGUUGCUGCUUCUGCUUGCGAUCCGAGCAAGGCAGAGUGCCUUGCUGCUUUCCUCCUGUGGGCGUCUACAUACCUCAUAUCCGUCUUCAUCGUCUUCAUUGGCCUCGCCUUCUUCUUGUUUUCCAGCACGCUCCUCAAGAACCAGAGCAGACAGAAAGUCUUUGGCAAGAGAGCCAAGAUGUUUCUCUACACCCUCGGGUUUUUCAUCUUCUUGCUGUGGGUUGCAACCUCCGUCACCUGCGCCUCCAUGCAAGUCUCGAGCAUCGUCUUCUCUUUUGCCGUCAUCGGCAUUGCUAUGCUCGUUGGGAUCGUGGUGGGUGUGAUCGGGCCAGAUGAGAUCACUGGCAAGAUGACGGCAAACAAUGCCUUGAAGAGCUUCAGGAGGAUGGCGGCGAGCGACGGAGGGAAAGGGUUUGCAAUCCUCGUGCUUUCUCCCGUCAUUCCUUUGUUCCUGAUGCUUUCCGUGGUCAAUCAAGCCGUAAGGCGAGUCUUCUUCCAUCAGGACCCGGCAGCAUCAGGGGGAGGGGCGGGAGCAGCUCUAGGCUUCCCGUCCUCCCUCUUCACAGACAGGUAUCGCGCUUUCCUCUUGAAGGCGAGCAAGUGGAACUGGACUGUGAUCCUCUCGUGGGUCACCAAGUGGAGCCUUGCCUACUUCGUGCUGCAGGUAGGGGCAGGAAUCUGCGUCACCCUCUUCCUGGCAUGGCUCAACAUCAAGCUGGCGGGGCUGAACGUUUUCCUCAUCUCCUUCCUCAUCCUCGUCAUCGGCCUAUUUCUCUUCGCCAUCCCGGUUGUCCCCGGUGUCCCGGCCUACGUCGCUUGCGGCGUCCUGAUAGCUUCUGCUGGGGAGAGACAGUUCAACUCGUUCGCUCUCGCCUGCCUCCUCGCCAUCUUCGUGGCAGCUCUCUGCAAGCAGCUCGCAUGCGUGCUGCAGCAGAAAGUGUUCGGGGAGAUGAUGGGGAAAAGCGUCAAGAUCCGAUCAAUGGUUGGCAUCAACAGCGAGACUAUCAAGGCCAUCAAGGUCAUCUUGGCGAAGAAAGGGAUGUCCGUGGGCAAAGUGAUGCUCCUCGUUGGAGGACCGGACUGGCCGACCAGUGUCUUGACAGGCAUCCUUCACUGCUCAGUUGUGGAGAUGCAGAUCGGAACCCUUCCAAUCAUCGUCCCUAUCGCAUUUACCGUCAUGACUGGAGCUGGCAUGUACAAGGCAGCAGCAGAUCCCAAUGGGAUCUGGCCAUCGCUCAAUACCAUCUUCCUCCUCCUCGCCUCCAUCGGGCUGAUGGGGACGGGAGUCGGGUUCAUGCUGUACCUCGCCGACUUCAUUGAUGCACACCGGGAGGAGAUUGAAUCGAUUCCCGACGAGGAGGACGUGAAGGAGUACGACACGCAGAUGCAGGAGGUCAAGGAUCAAAUCGCUCGGCUGUCGCAAUGGGAAAGGCUAUCGAUCAUGUCCAAGUCUAUCCUCCUCAUUUCUGCUGUCCUUGGCAUCGUCAGCUUCUGGAUUUUCAGCAUUGACAGCAGCGGCUGCUUUGAGUCCCCGCUGGGCUGGAUUGCCCUCGGGAUCCAAGUAGUCUCCUUCCUCCUCCUGCUCCUCCACGGCAGCCUUGUCAAACAUCAGGUCAAGACGCUCUCAACCUUGGGGGCGGCGGAGGACAAGCCUGAGGGCAAUGGGGGCCCUGCCCUGCCCAUGCAAUGGGAAGCCGCGCUAGCCUCGGCCAACCACUCCAGCACGAUGCAAAUGUCCAUGACAUCUCAGUCUGCGAAUGGCCAUGGAGCCGGCGGGGGCGGUAGCAGUCAGCCACUGGUCGUCAGCUCCCCAGUUGUGCUCGGAGGCCCUCACGGUCAGCCUCUCCUCAGCUUCCACAACCCGCCGGGGGCCCUUGGCGGGGGUCUGCUGCCUCAUUCAGUCUCGCUUCCUCUCCCUCCUCCGACAGCCUCUAGCGCCUCCCAGCCUCCGCGACAAGGAAGCACGCUAGUCUGA